AUGCUUAAAAUUUCGUCACUUCAAUACUUUCUAUUACUCUUCUACGCAAGCCUCACAGUAACACAUCGAGUCGCGUAUAAUGGUGUCUUAUUUCACGAGUCAUCAGAUGCGACGAUUGUGAGCGACGAGUACAUUUACGUGCCAAUCGGGCACUCCGUUGAGCUUCCAUGCGUGGCCCGAGAAAAGACUCACCAAAUGCACAUCGAUUAUAAAAAGGCCGACUGGCGAUACUACACACGAUAUGGAAGAAAGAUGACAAGCUCUUACGGGAUACGCUACGAUAAAAGAAUCGAUCGCUUUCACUUCAAUGACACAACCUCUUUCCUGUCGGCGCGUUUCCUCCAGGCCAUUCAUAACAACACAAUGCUCGAGUGUUGGAUACCUAUCGGUUAUCAAGAGCCUGUCCGCUAUGUUGUAUCACGUUUCCGAAUCAUUAUUCAAGAUUGCGGUGUUGAAGACAAUGUAUUUCUUAAUCUCAUGAAUCCUUGUGCUUUUUGG